AUGGAGGUCUUCUUGACACGUCUGACCCAGCAGGCGAUGAACUAUGCGAUUCGCUCUGGAAUCGCAAUCACUGCGACAUAUGCGAUGCGACAAUCGUCACGCUUACUGAAAACCGUUGAUGGUAAAGAUCGCGAGGAAUUGCUGGCUUUACAGCAGCGUUUAGAAAGCAAGAUUCAAGUCAUCUCACCGUCAAUAGACAUGAUCGAAUUGAUAGCGGCACGGGGAAACACAUCUCUUGAAUCCGCGGUUGCUCUCACAAAGUCACUGAGAUGGGACAUCCAGGCCCUCGGGCAGCGUUUAGCAAAAGCCGCAGCUCGGGAAGAAGCAAGUCGCUCUGGAUCCAAGUCAUCCAAGCAGCGUCCCAGCAACGAGGCAGAGAUCAAGUUCAUCAUCAACGACAUCAAGAAUCUUUUGACCCGCAUCGAGGACGCAGUUCCCUUGAUGAAUCUAGCAAUCACCACGUCUGGCGCGAAAUUGUCCACAAAUCUGCCCUCCACAGUCUCGCCCUCACGACUUCUGCAAGCGAGCACCUUUCUCACUGCCGGUGAUACCCAAUAUUCCAUGUCGCCCUUGGACGAACACCAGGCGGUACAGAUUGGACCAACUUUUACGCUUUCGAUGUACAUGCUCUUUGCUGGUCACCUUCGUCCCCAUGAUGAAGAAUCCGCUCGGGAGGCUACCUGGAAAGAAGUCAUGCACAAAGCGAGACUAAAAGUGCGACGUGUCCCGAUGAGCGUGUAUUAUUCUGAGAGCUCAUCGAAUCGGUCGCAACUUCUAGCCCGACCAGGGAUCGACGAGUAUGCUUAUCAAGUGGUCAUCAUCGAAGACUUGGAUGAUGGUCGGGUUCACACGUUCGACACAAAUGAACCCCAACCGCAUAGUUAUGAUGGAGUUGCCACUGCCGGAGUGAGAGAAAUUCUGCCAAUUCACCAAAUCUCCAAGAUCUUCUAUGCCGACACCGGCAGGAUUCUCAACAUCAGCACCGAGGGUGAGACGAAUAAUCCCGUCCUUCUCCUCAAGAGGGAUUUGAAUGCGCUACCCCCUCGCCGUAUGAUGGAGCGCGACGAUACCGAGAAGAGUUUCACGCAGGACAUCGGAAGCGAGGAAUCCUCGGAUGAAGAACAAGCGCAGCUGGAUGCUCAAUUGAACGGCGGUGAUCCCUCCGAUGAAACAAAUUUGAGUCAUCUGCAUGAAGACGCCAUUGCCACAGAGUGGCGGCUACCUCCAGGCUUGGACCCGGAGUGGAUUGCAUUUGAAGUGUACAACGAAGACGAGAGUUCAGACACCGAUUCCGACGGGGAGACGUCUGCGGAAAAUCCAUCCGACUUGAACGAAAUGGCUCGCUUGUCAUUAAAUGAUAGGAAGCCUCUCUCAUCACACUCGGUGUCUCGGACUUCAAACAAACAGGCAAGUACUGCCACUACUACGACAGUGACGAACCCGCUGUUUGAACACAUUCGCACGUCACUGUCCUUACUCGAGACUCUUCUUCGCCUCACCUCCCUACAACAAUUCCAACAACAAUCACAUCUUUCAAUUAGCGAUGAGCUUUUGAAUUUCUUCCUUGAAGAAUCAUCAUCGACCGGUGCAGGAGGGGAUGAGCAACAUCGGCAGCGCCUUCGAUCGGAAGCCCGCCGUCGGGUAGGAUGGGACCCUUACGACGAGAGUCCAGUCAAACAUCGCGGAGAAGAUUAUCAGUACGGCUGGGGGCCCGGAAGUCCAUCUCCAUACCCACGGGAUGAUGAUGCACUUUAUUCGCCAGGGAGUGGAUCUCGAAAUUUCCAAAUUCGAUCCAGGGAAAACACUCCCGAGACGCCUCAGCGAAGAGGCUCGCCAAGUGAGGAAGAGGUCGAAGUUCUCAUGAAAGAAAUUUAA